GCGGAAACGGUUGCGCAGUCGGAGUGACCCCCCCCUUGUGUGUGUGGUUACCGUAGGGCUGCUGCUGCUGCUUCUGUUGUUUCCCGGCUACUGCUAACAUCCCACGUCUUCGGACAACACAGCCCUCGCUCGCUGUACCAUGUACUGCUAUACAGCCCGUCGUAGAUGUUUUAUUCGCGAUCGCCGGGACACGAGAGAGUACUCGAUUCGAGCGAGUCACGCUGCCGUCACUUGGCAAUGGGGAAGUCGGGAGAGGCGGAAGGCGCGGGCCAAAGCAGCUGACGCUGGCGACUCGGGUGUUGUACAAACCACGCGGCUUGGCUGCUACAAGUUGAAACCGCCUCGGAGGAGCCAUUAAAUGUGUUGCAAAACGUGAACACGCACUGCGACCCCACGUUCGAAUGCAAUGCACAGCGGAAGAGACUGUGGCGCAUCAAUCAAACGCAUAUUAUUCAAUCCCGAACUACCAAGCGCAAUGCAGGCUGAGUUCGGCUACGACGCGACACGCAGCCUUUUCGGCGCAAGCAUGCCGACCCACGAGUGGUUCCAGGGCACUGGUACAUGCGGGAGCUUGUGGGACGAGCCCUGGGCCGACCCGCUGGGGCCCCAGCGACCCGCACACGAUCCCAGUGACAAACCUGGGGAGGUCUCCGCCGCCCCAGUUUGGCACUCGAAUCAACGGCGUGCGAGUGGGCGAGUCGCAUCACUCUACGGCGACUCUGACCACAACUGCAACAUGAAGAUGGAGGAUGGCGAUCUGAACAGUAACCGCAUCACCGAUGACAUCUUGGACAUUUGUGACGCGUACAACAGUGGGCCUCGUCCGUCUGCAAGUGACGCCAUGAACUUUAGAUCAGAAAGUUCAGUGCAGGUGGGGACACAUUUUUCCGAAGAUGGAAGUGCCAUGAGGCUUGAGAGUGGCAUUGAUAUGUUGCCGUUAACCAACGAGGUGUCUUCAUUUUGGGAUGUUCUGUAUGAGGAUGAAACCGAUUCCAACUAUGCGUUGAGUGAGUUUGUCUUUGAGGACAUAUUUUCCCAGGGUGCGGACAUCAUCGAUGCACAACCUACGAGGCCAAUAUAUUCGGAGAGCCAUGGAGGAAUGUUAAAUGGUGGCGAGCAAGCGACAGAAGGUGUGGAAUUGGCAGAAGACGUUGGGGAAGCCGAUGGUAGCAAUCCGCCGGCGGCGGCGGAUGGCAGUGGUGAAACUGCGUUUGCGGGAAACGCCGAUUUUUUGUCACACGAUGCGAUUGUCCCCAACGCCAGUCCAUCCCGCCUGGAGCGGGAUGAGGUGGUGAAAGCUGGCACGAGUGAGGAAAGUUCUACAGGAGGUCGAGACGAAGGAGGAGGAGGCAGAAAGCGGGUGGUGCGUAGCAGGAAACGACAGAAGGAUACGGGAAAGGAAAAGGAGGGACUCUUGACCACACUCGCGGCAAGGAAUAAAUAUCUUAAAGCAGAAGCCGAGCGUCUUACUGAGGAAGUGGCCGCAGCCAAACGUCGACUCAUCGCCUCCAUUGUUGGCUCCCCUUGAAAGAAGCAAGUGUAAUUGUCAGACUGGUCAUGAUUUCACAACUUACAUUGGUUUAGUAAAGUUUUAGGAACGCUAAUGGGCAUAUCAAGAAUCCUAAAUGCCACAUUAAUAAUUACUCGAACAAGAUGUGGGGGAGUUUAAAACAAACAUUUGUGACCUACAAGAAAGUUGGAGCACGCAUUAGGAAAUCAAUAACAGCCUCAGUCUGCACUCUCCACUGAGGUACAGAUUUGUAGGUUCAGUUCCCACUGAAAAUACCGAAAAUUGACGUCCGUUUUUUAAGUAGACUUGACCAUAGCAUGCUUAUAUUAUUAGAACAUCGGUUAAGUGUAUACUUUAUAACCUACUAAUAGCUUAUAAAGAUGAUUUUUAAUUAUCACCUCGUUUACAAGCAAGACCUUUGUAACCCAGUUAUGUUGAGUGGUAGGUAUUGUUGGUGAUUUCUAAUGUUAGUUUUCAAAUGUAUGCUCCGUACUGUAGAAGGUAGGCACACGCCAAUUUUCAUGUUGAAAUACAAAUACUGCAUUUGAAUGUCACAACUUAAAAAAAAACUACGGUUCCUUUCACUACAUUUGACCAAGUCUCACUUUUCAAAGAUAGUGAAUCUCAACCUAUCCCAAAAAUAUUUGGAUAAAUAUUUACUGUUUAUGUUUAUAUAUACGAAUCUGUUGUACUGUAAUAGUUGUAUACUGUAGUUCUAUUAGCCUCUCGCAUGUUAAAUGGCUAAACAAUUAUAUCAUUGCCGUUAAGGCUAUGGUAAUCGGUGUUUUUUUUAUGUUGUGUCUUUAUUCAUGGUGAACAUGUAUCCUUAAUUACACCCAAUUAAACAAACUUGGAAGUAAGAAA